UGCCGCAGUUUCAUUGGAUCCAACAAGGUUGCAAGACAUGUUCUAGAGUGUAUUUGUUCGAACAGCUACGAACAGUUUAGCCAAACUCCAAACAUUUGAGAAACAGGGGUCGAUUUCCGAACUGAAGUUCUUGUAAAGGACGGAAGUUUGCCUCGAAACAGAUCGAAACAGAUUGUUCGUCGCGAGCCGCACUUCACACAGAAAACCUGAUACCAUCGAGAAAUUCAUUAAGGAGAGACACUUAUUAUGACGCCCGUCAGCAGUUUUUCAACUGUGUCCACUGAAAACUUUUCGUCCACUAUCGGUGGAAACACAAGCAGCGGUGAGGCACUACAGUCACAGUGUGUGGAAGUGAUAAAGAUCAUGCUCUAUGCAACGUGGGGUCUCUUUGGCGUUCUCGGUAACAUCCUAACGACAGUUAUUUUGUCGAAGAUCAAGGCGAAGGAAACGAGAGUAAUGGACUUCUACAUGAUUAAUAUAGCCCUAGCGGAUUUAGGAACUUUGCUGCUGGCAUUUCCAAUGACCGCGAUACGUGAGAGACUUCCGAAUGAUUGGCCAUUUGGAGAGAUUGUUUGCCUGUAUUUCCUUCCACUUACAGACAUAUUUCACGGAUCAUCAGUUUGGUUCAUUACAGCAGCUGCCAUAGAACGAUAUCAGAAAAUUGCCAGGCCUUCCAAAGUAAACACGAAACUCCCAGUAUCGUUGAAAAGAGCACAGAUCGUUGCAGUGAGCACAUGGGUUCUGUCAUUUGUCGUCUUUUCACUGCCGCUAUAUUUUGUUCUUCGCUAUACAGAGAUGCCCACUAAAGGAAGAUUUAGGUGUGGUUCAAAUUUGCCUGUAGCAGGAGCAGGCCUUGCUCUAACCAAACUUUACUUUACUUUCAUGAUCUUUGUAUCCUAUGUAAUGCCACUUUUUGUUAUAUCGGGAACAUUCAUCGCAGUGUCGCGUAAACUAAAUAAAAGCAGCAAGUUUAUUAAGGCUAUGAAUUCGCAACACGAACAAGACAGUAAAUUACUCAGCUUAAACAGUCGAAAAUUUAACCCAACAAGAAGGCAUGCCAAUCGGGUUGCUCGAAACAGACGUGCUAAAAUGAUUUUAACACCAGUUGUUGGAAUUUUUGCUGUGUUCAUACUUCCGUUGACGGUUCUUCGCCUGUGCAUCGUGUUUUGGCCACCUAUUACAGCGCAAACAUUUUACAACGACUUGCUGUUUGCGGUUUCAGUUGGGGUUAUAAUCAACUCGUCUGCAAACCCGAUUAUAUAUUCGGUGGUUAGGAAUGAUUUCCGCCGACAAAUGAUUCGAUUACUUUGCUGGAAGAGAAGAUCCUCACGGGGGCCAAAAGCAUAAUCGAGCCUUUUUUUCUGCAAAAUUGGGUCCCAAUCGGAUUUCGCGUUCUUGAAUUGAUAAGACAAAAUCCUCGUUGAAUUCGAAGAUGUUGCAAAUAUAAUAUAUUUCAUAGCCUUCAGGUUCAAACUUGUUUACUCUUUUCGAUUACCGUUGUUUAUUGAGUGUAUUUUGUCAAAAGGCUAGUACAGUUGUUUUUUAUGGCAUUCGUUGUAGGCCGAAAACCAGGAUUUAGCAGAACUCUUUCAUAUUUGCAAACUAA